AUGUCCGGUAGAAUUUACAAGCUUUUCACAGGGAGGGAGCAACCGCAAUGGAUGUGGGACCUGGCCUUAGAAACGCGCAUUCCGGCUCUCUUUAUGGCCUACGCUGUAUAUGUCAAUACACGCUGUUACUACGAUGCUCUGAGUUCCUAUAAAGCGAACUCGAAAUGGGGCAUAACUCGUGGGAAAUUGUUGGAGCUUAGAAGGCUUGACUACCGUUACAUUAGUGUCCCUCGCUACGCAUUGCGCUACGAGUACGAAGUGGAUGGCAAGAAGUACGUGUCAACGAGGGCGACAACCGGUUCGCCCUACAGGAAUUGGAUGGAGCGCUUUUACAAUGAUACCAUUACUGAGUCUGAGUACCUUCAAGCCAUUCCAGUGCUGCGCGUGGGGGAAAACUGUACCGUCUUUUAUAGUAAGAAACAUCCGGGAGUUCAUUCGGCGCUUGCACACGAUGCAAACUCAUUUGAAAUAUCAAUACUGUGCUUUUUGGCCGUUUUCCCGCUUCUCAUGGGAUACAAUAUGAAAGCGCAGUGGUGGAUGAUAAAGCGGGCUUACAGGCCAAACAAAAUGUUACGCAUUCGGUUCCCCCCGAACUGUCGCACCCCACCGCCUCCUGAGGCACCAUCGAGUCCAUGUCACAUCUCAGCUAUCCCUAAAUCGUAG